AUGCGUGCGCUGUGGCCGCUGUGCCUCGCCCUGGGAGCCGCGGCGGCGGCGGCCGCGGGCGGGGGCGGGCGGCCGAGCGCGGAGCGCAGCGCCGUGUGGGGGCCCGGGCUGCGCGCCGCGGCCGCGCUCCCCGCGCGGUACUUCUAUGUGCAGGCCGUGGACGCCCGAGGGCUGAGGUUCACUUCAUCACCAGGUGAAAAUGCAUUCCAGGUGAAGAUCACUGCUCCUGAAGAACAGUUCACUCGUGUUGGUGUGCAGGUAUUGGACAGGAAAGAUGGUUCCUUCCUCGUGAGGUACAGGAUGUAUGCGAGCUACAAAAGUCUGAGGAUAGAAGUCAAAACUGGAGAUAAGCAUGUUGCAAAGUCUCCAUAUAUUUUAAAAGGACCUGUUUACCAUGAAAACUGUGACUGCCCUCAGGAGGAUAGCAGUGCAUGGCUGGAAGAGAUGAACUGUCCUCAAACCAUUCCACAGAUUCAGAGAGACUUAGCAAAUUUUCCCACUGUUGACCCAGAUAAGAUUGCAAAAGAAAUUCCACAGAGGUUUGGACAAAGACAGAGUUUGUGUCACUACACCAUCAAAAACAAUGAGGUUUAUAUAAAGACAUAUGGGGAACAUGUUGGCUUCAGAAUUUUCAUGGAUGCCAUACUGCUUUCUUUGACCAGAAAAGUGAAAAUGCCAGAUGUAGAAUUUUUUGUUAAUUUGGGGGACUGGCCUCUGGAGAAAAGGAAGCCCCCACAGAACUUGCACCCAAUCUUCUCGUGGUGUGGUUCCAGUGAGUCAAAAGACAUUGUCAUGCCAACAUACGACUUAACAGACUCCGUUUUGGAGACGAUGGGACGAGUCAGCCUGGAUAUGAUGUCAGUCCAAGCAAACACUGGCCCAUCGUGGGAAGACAAGAACACCACAGCCUUCUGGAGAGGACGUGACAGCCGCAAAGAGAGGCUUGAGCUUGUAAAACUCAGCAGGAAAUAUCCAGAGAUCAUAGAUGCUGCUUUCACAAACUUUUUUUUCUUUAAACAUGAUGAGAGCCUCUAUGGCCCUAUUGUUAAGCACAUUUCGUUUUUUGAUUUUUUUAAGUAUAAAUAUCAAAUUAAUAUUGACGGCACAGUGGCAGCAUACAGAUUGCCUUAUCUACUAGCAGGAAACAGUGUGGUGCUAAAGCAAGACUCCAUCUACUAUGAGCACUUUUAUAAUGAGCUGCAGCCAUGGAAACACUACAUUCCAUUUAAAAGUGACCUGAGUGAUCUGCUAGAAAAACUACAGUGGGCAAAAGAUCAUGAUGAAGAGGCAAAAAAUAUUGCAAAAUCUGGACAAGAAUUUGCAAGAAACAAUCUCAUGGGAGACCACAUUUUUUGUUACUAUUUCAAACUUUUCCAGGAAUAUGCCAGCUUGCAAGUGAGUGAACCAAAAAUCAGAGAUGGGAUGGAGAAGGUGCAGCAGCCUGAUGAUGACCUUUUCCCAUGCACUUGCCACCGAAAAAAGGUACAGUCCAUGCAGGGUUAAAUGUAAAGUGCUGAGUGUCUUCAGUUCCUGCUGAGCCCUGCUGGAGCAGGGCUGCUUAGUGUCCCACAGUAUCAGUUAUCAGGCCAGGCCAUUAACACCUAUCGAACUUAGAAACACUUCUUGAUGUAUUUGCAGGACUAGAGGACUAGACAGUGAAAAAUAGGCUUCCAGUUAACUGAAACAUGUUUCUUCUUUUUUGA